GCAGUCAUGGCGCAGGAAGAGGAAGAUGUUAGAGAUUACAAUUUGACUGAAGAACAGAAGGCGAUCAAGGCCAAGUAUCCGCCAGUCAAUAGGAAGUACGAGUGUGAAUUUGGAUCAUACAGCAGACGUCCAGUGAGUAUAGCGGGAGUUCAUUCCUUUGAAACCACGUCAAUAGGAAGACUGAAUAUUUCAAUCUUGGUUACACGCAUGGGGAGAUACUCUGGAGGAAGCAUUCGAGCAAUGUGCAAUGGCCAUGUUUGGUUACAUGACAGAUACUGGGACAGUGGAGCCCCUCCAAACAGUAGAAGUAGAAACCCAAGGAGAUGACUUACAGUCUCUUCUGUUUCACUUUUUGGAUGAAUGGCUUUAUAAGUUCAGUGCUGAUGAAUUCUUCAUACCACGGGAAGUGAAAGUACUUAGCAUUGAUCAAAGAAAUUUCAAAUUACGAUCAAUUGGGUGGGGAGAAGAAUUUUCAUUGUCCAAGCACCCUCAGGGAACAGAAGUCAAAGCAAUAACAUAUUCAGCAAUGCAGGUCUAUAAUGAAGAGAAGCCGGAAGUUUUUGUGAUCAUUGACAUUUAAGACACCAAAAAAUAAAAGACUCCUAUGAAGAACUGUUUUUUUUUUCCUCUUCCUUUUGAGAAGACACUAUGAAUUAAAUUCUACAGCUUUUUUUUGAUAUAUGGAAAUUUGUAGAACAGAAAUAUUUUAGUUAAAGUGUGACUUUCAGAAAGGGAAAAUCAGGGCACAGCCUUGGUCUGUGUUCCCCAAAUAUUCACACUUUAAAGAAUUCUUCAACCCCCAAGGGACAGUUAUGGUCCUUUGAUUCUCUGCUGUGGCAGUAGGUGUGCCUCAUGCCCUUCCAGUGCAAUGCAAGCCCUCCAGCCUCACCCCAUAGAGGAUCACUGAUGUCAGCAGCAGCCUGAGGCUGAAUCCAGGUUGAAAGAAGAAUAAGUUGAAAAAAUAUAUUUCCACACACAGAAUUUUGUUUUUCUUCCAAGUUGGUUAAGACAUAUAUUUUGUUUCUUUUAUUUAUUUUUUUUUUUUUUGAGACGGGAGUCUCGCUCUGUAGCCCAGGCUGAGGCGCAGUGGUGUGAGCUCGGCUUACUGCAAGCUCCGCCUCCCAGGUUCACGCCAUUCUCCUACCUCAGCCUCCUGAGUAGCUAGGACUAUAGGCACCUGCCACCAUGCCCGGCUAAUUUUUGUAUCUUUAGUAGAGAUGGGGUUUCACUGUGUUAGCUAGGAUGGUCUUGAUCUCCUGACCUUGUGAUCCGCCCACCUUGGCCUCCCAAGGUACUGCGAUUACAGGCAUGAGCUACCAUGCCCGGUCACAAGACAUAGAUUUUCUAUAUGCACAUCAAGGGAGGUGGUGGUUUAGGUUGCUAUAGGACAGAGCUAUCCUGUAUUCCGGUUGGUUUUUGUAGAGAAACAAUUAGACUUCUCUAGAUAGAGCCCUGAUUUUUCUCUCACGCUUUCAGUUUUUUAAAAGCACUAAUGAUAUUUCCUGUUUUCUCAUAAGAAAAAGUCAAUACUAUGCCUUACAAAGAGACCUUUCCUUCUAAUAUAGAAUUUUAUUUGAAAGUGAGUACAUGUUUAUAACUAGAGAAUAAAAGGAGAAUUUUUGAAAAA